UCUCUCUCACCAGCUUCUAAAGCCCGGCGACUUCAGGUUUUCAGAUUGUUUCAUUUCUUCCCGUAAUCCUGAUCUCUCUCUCUCUCUCUCCCGCUCCCUCCUUCUCUCUCUUUCUCGGUGGGCGGAUCCUUCGAGGGGUGGGUGGCGUUGAUCAGGGAGAUGUCUUCUUCCUUGUCGAAGGAUUUGCACGCUCGCCAUUACACAUACAACCGCAAGGAGAAAUCCCUAGGCCUACUGUGCCAGAAUUUUCUUUCGUUGUAUAAUCGGGAAGGAGUUGAAUCGGUCGGGUUGGAUGAGGCCGCCAGCCGUCUCGGCGUCGAGAGGCGGCGGAUCUACGACAUUGUUAAUGUUUUGGAGAGCGUCGGGGUUCUUGCAAGGAAGGCGAAGAAUCAGUAUUCUUGGAAGGGGUUUGGGGGAAUACCACAGGCCUUGGCAAAAUUAAGAGACGAAACGACAAGAGAAACGUCCACCAGCACGCUACCCAUUGCAUCUGAUGACGCCAGGAUUUCGGACGAUGAAGAAGAUGAGAAUUCGUCUAACCCUAACAGUAGUCAAGAGUUUCCACUUAAGUGUAGUCCCAGCUCUGUGCUUUUGGUACCAGCUACAUCCAAUUCGAGUUCUACAAAAAUUAAGUCAGAACGUAGAAGGGAGAAAUCUCUGGGUCUUCUUACUCAGAAUUUUGUUAAACUAUUUCUUAGUUCGAAGGCCGAGAUUGUCUCGCUUGAAGAGGCAGCAGUUCUUUUACUCGGAGAAGCGAGUGAUUCUUUGCAACUGAGGAGUACAAAAGUGAGAAGACUAUACGACAUCGCAAAUGUAUUAUCAUCCAUGAAUCUCAUUGAGAAGACACACCAUUCUGUGACCAGAAAGCCUGCAUUUAGAUGGCUGGGGGUUGAUGAAAAAUCUGAGAAGGAUUCUUCUCAUGCUAUUUUCUCCGAUAUUCCCAAGGGGGACGCUAAGAAGCGGGAGUUUGGAACAGAGCUUUGCCCAAAUACAGAUAUUGAUGCAAAAAGGAGAAAAUUGUUUUCAGGAAUUCACGCGCUUAAACCUAGGAGAGAAAAUGUGGUGAAUUUGGAAGUUAGUGAUGACAAAGCACGGAAGCAGUCACAACAGCAACAGUACUGCCAAAAGUAUGAGCAGCAAAAGGAGAACAUUUCCUCCAAGGGGUUUGUUUAUGGGCCCUUUUCACCUGUCUGCGUAGCUCAGAAGAACUCGGAGAGCAGUUCAAAAGGAGCACAAGACUGGGACGCAUUGGCCGCUUCAUUCUUUCCCCAGUACAAGAAUCAAGCUUUGAGUGAUCUGUUCUCCCACUAUCUGGAAGCCUGGCAAUCAUGGUAUGCUCAAGUGGCCUCUGGAGGAGGCGACCGGUCUCAUCUGCAUUCUUCCUAACUUCAAGUUUAAACAUCAGUGUACAUCUGUUCAGGAGCAAUAUAUUGUAUCAUUAUAUUUAUUGUUAACAAGGCUAAUAUGCUUCUUAUUGAUGGCAUGUUGUCGGUCUUGUGCAGCCAUGAUUGUUGUCAUUGCAACAGCUGUUGCCUAACUCCGCAAGUUUCGGUCCAUUUUGAAUAAGUCAUGUAAGGUUUAUCUUAGCUCAUGUGUAAUCAAACGCUUGGUUUGUAUGAUAUUGACACCCAUGGCUAAGGUUAACUUUCCCGCUUGUAAUUCUUCCAUCAAAGGAAGAUGAAACUUUAAUUUAUAUUUCUCAAUUUAACUGGUUAAGUUUACUGCAA